AUGAAUUCGCCAGAUUCAGGCAGUUCCUCAGCAACGCCCACCCUUAACGGGAUCAAAUGUCUCGAUAGACUGUCGGAAUUGGCGAUAGCCCUUCGUAUCCCUUUGACUUGCCUCCGGGUCGAGACACCAAGUUUAUCCAAGACGAUAGCAUUCAUUGGCAACAGACCUAAGGGCGCCUCUGAAUCCACCCUUCCCCCUGAUCAGACGGCCUCGUCCUCAUCCUCGCAACGGGUGCACCCAGAAGUCCACGGAUCGACCGAGAACUUCAUCGUCGACGAUGUCUACGGUAAAAAGAAGUUUGCGGUAGCGUCGCUCGCGAAGCUUCUUAUUGCCCUUGUCAUUUGUAUAUUGAUCCAUGGCAAUGGUGAGGAGAAGGAGGCUGAGGACCUUGACUGGGAAGCAAAGGUUUAUGAGCUGCUCAACAAAUAUCGCAAGAAACACGGAAAAGAUCCUGUCCCAAGUCUCAUAAGAGAUCCAAAUGUCGAAGACGUCCUCUUACAUCUUCAAGGGCUCCCGCCAAUGAAGGAUUUUCUUCGUUCUUAUGACGGAAAAUUCAUGCCUUCUGAAGAAGACUUCUUAAACCAUGGAACAAAUUUGGCCAACAGAAUGGAGCAUCCAAUCUCGGAGUCAUACAGUACAUGCAACUACAUUCUUUUACAGCUCCUGCUGAAGGAAAUUUUUAACAAGAGCCUCAGUCAGAUCAUAGAGGAGAAGCUUCUUGGUCCGUUGAAAAUGACAAACACCACCAUGGACCCAGCGAAACUGCACGAAUGGCUUCGCCAGAAAGCUGUCGAGCAAGGGUACCGGGUGUCUUCAAGCCUGAAAAAUGUUGUUCCUGUCCAGGAAUUGGACGAUCAGAUGGGCGAUAUGGAGGCUGCCGCGUUCCGGUGUUAUAGCUGUACAGAUGACUUCUCAACCUUACUCCGGGAACUUUUCAAGGCCCGAGCUGGAGAUCAAGAUUGCUACAUUAAACCUGAAGUGGCUGCACUGUUCUUCAGCCGCUGGAAUAGCGGAAUAGCUGUCACACCGGCUGGGUUUCGCGGCGCUCUGGACUCAGAUCUGCCCGGUUCGGACUCUUUGAAUGUUUAUUCGAGGCCCAAGGGUGCUAGCCCUUCCUACAAGCUGGGAAAGGCCUAUUUCAAGAAAGAACACAACAAGGACCAGCCCAACAGAGGAAUGAAAACAUGGCUGAAAGAGAAGCGAAAAGCCUUGCGACCACUUCUCCGUAGGACUGACCGGAAACAAAGAGAUGCGGAGACUGCCGAAACGGUCGAGGUUUUCUAUAAGGGAGGUACAUAUGACGGAUUCACGAGCAGCCUCUAUGUCUCGGCGUAUUACCAAAUGUUCGUCAUAGCUUUUUCAAAUGCUACUGGGCCACUUGACUUCACAGAUUACGCUUGUCAAGCUGUACUGCAAGACGUGUUCGGGCUGAAGGAACAUGUCGACAUUGUAGAUAAGGUACUAAAAGAGGAUCUCCCGCUGGCUCAGUCAAUUCUUUCUCCCAUUGAACAGUCGGAUGAAAAUAUCCCCGAAUUGACGGAGGAGAUACUCCGCUUUAUUGGGAAGUACGAACAGAAUGAUCACCACUACGUUGUUGAAAUUACUCAAGACGGCUAUUUCAUUCGGACAGGGAUGACGCGGUCAGUCAUGCAAGCUCGAGUUGUCAAUGGGAAGCUUCGUGUUUUCCCUGAUUCAACUCCUUUUUGUAUUGACAGGAGAUCUGCAUUUGUCAAUCCUGAAUUUGACAUCAGAGAUGAGAAAGACAUGACGGUUUUGAUCGGUGAUGGCGGGGUGCAAUACCAAAAGCUUGAACAACCUAAAAGGGAGGAGUAG